ACUCCAAGUGGAAGGAGCAUGUUACAAAGGGGCAGGAUUGAGCAGAAGAAAGAGGGGAAUUAUCUCCAGCAUCUAGCACCACAGAGCAGAGCCUGUGUGGAGAAUGGCUGAAAAAUCAGAAUUGGUUCUAGAAGUGGUUUCUUCUCCGGUUGUGAGUGUGAGCCCAGCAGCGGCAUGGGCACUGGUGCAGGGGAGCAGGCCUGUGUUUGACACAUGUGUUUCCCAUUGAUAGCUGGAGACAGCCCAGUAGCUGUGCGUUGGCCUGACAAAGCCGUAUUGAAGUACAGACAGAGUACAGUGUCAGAGCAGCCAGAGAAAGAACGGGAAUGCUGUUCAGGAAAUUCUUCAGGCAUGGGCAGGGACUUGGCUGCAAUUCUGCAGUUGGAAAAUCUGACUGGGGCAGCUUCUGAACACAGGCUGGGCCUGCUCACUCUCGGCAGGCCACACCGCCGCCUUGCUGGGAGCGUCUCAGCACACCCUGGAUUGCGAGCAAGUUCCACCCGUUUCCACCGGCCGCUUUGGGAAGCAGACAAGAGAGAUGCCUCAGGAACAGUACACACACCACCGGAGCACCAUGUCCGGCUCCGAGGGGCCACAGGUAUACAAAGUGGGGAUUUACGGCUGGCGGAAGAGAUGCCUGUACUUCUUUGUUCUACUCCUGAUGAUUUUAAUACUGGUGAACUUGGCCAUGACCAUCUGGAUUCUCAAAGUCAUGAACUUCACAAUUGAUGGAAUGGGAAACUUGAGAAUCACAGAAAAAGGUCUAAAGCUCGAAGGAGACUCAGAAUUCUUACAACCUCUCUACGCCAAAGAAAUCCGUUCCCGGCCAGGUAAUGCCCUGUACUUCAAAUCUGCCAGAAAUGUUACAGUGAACAUUCUCAAUGACCAGACUAAAGUGCUAACUCAGCUGAUAACAGGUCCAAAAGCCGUAGAAGCUUAUGGGAAAAAGUUUGAAGUAAAAACCGUCUCUGGCAAAUUGCUCUUCUCAGCAGAUGACAAUGAAGUGGUAGUAGGAGCUGAGCGAUUAAGAGUUUUAGGUGCGGAGGGCACAGUGUUCCCUAAAUCUAUAGAAACACCUAAUGUCAGGGCGGAGCCCUUCAAGGAACUAAGGCUGGAGUCCCCGACCCGUUCUCUGGUGAUGGAGGCCCCAAAAGGAGUAGAAAUUAAUGCAGAAGCCGGCAAUAUGGAAGCCACUUGCAGAACAGAGCUGAGACUAGAGUCCAAAGAUGGAGAGAUUAAGUUAGAUGCUGCGAAAAUCAGACUACCUAGACUGCCUCAUGGAUCGUACACAUCGACAGGAACGAGGCAGAAGGUCUUCGAGAUCUGCGUCUGCGCCAACGGAAGAUUAUUCUUAUCCCAGGCAGGAGCUGGUUCCACUUGUCAGAUAAACACAAGUGUCUGCCUUUGAAAGACUAUCCCGAGUGGACAUCGUAGGCGGCAUAAAGGCCUUUUUUGGCUUUAGACACUGGCUGCCAGCUAUUUUUACUAGAACACAGAAAGCCUAUCAAAGACCUUGUGUGUGUGUGUGUGUGUGUGUG